CUCUCCAACAUUGCCGGAGCGUGAAUCCGCUCCUGUGAGUUACGAAACACGGGUUCCCGGAACCCGGAGACAGAGGGAAAAGAACUCCGGGUGCUGGCUCAGAGAGGGCUGCCGUGGGGACCUUUGCUCCGGGUACGCUCGGAUCUCAGGGUCCGGAGUCUUCACGGUUUCUUCCCAAGGACUCUGUCCCGCGAGCCGUGCGGCACGGCUUUCCUCCAAUCAGACGCCUCAAGGCUGGCGCCACGUCUGCGACCUGAUCCAAUCGCGUACCCGGAGGGCGGGAACCCAAGUGCCUACCUGCACCUGUGGCUGCGGGUGGCCGCCUCCUGGGUCACUUCACCCCCGCCCCCACCCCGCACCCCUCUGCCGCUAGGUUCUGGUUUCUCCAAUCACUUGGCGCAAGACCAGCAGGUGGGCAGAUGUCUUUGCUUGUUCCUACCCACGCGUAGGAAGGUUCAGUGCGCCCGAGCGAGCGAGUAGCCAUGGUCCCACCUCUCGGCGGCUCCCCAGAGGCGCUGGCGGGGGAGAGGGAAGCUUGUGAGCUUGUGAGGCUGCUAACCGGGAAAGGCCGCCUGGGCUUCCUCCGGGGGCAGGGAAUCUGACCGUGCCUCGGACCGAGCCCACGGCGCGGCGAGUCCGUGGUUUCUCGUAGGAGGCAGAAGUUGGAGGUGCCGAGGGAGAGCAGCAUUCGGUGUAGCUGCGCUGCGGACCUUGCGACUGGUACACUUCAGCAGCGUGACCUCUCCUAGACCUCGCCGAGGGACAGCGUCCCGGCUCCAGGGUGUCCGGAGCGCGGCCCCCUUGGUGCUCUCGGCCACUAGUGCAGUGUGGGCCGGUGGCGUCCCGGGAGCCCAAGCAGUAUACAGAAAGCUGCCUCGGCUCACACCCGCAGCCCGCUUGGGAGAAGCCCGGGAAGGGGUGAAGUGAAGCUGCAGGACCACGGAAAAAGGGGGUCGCCGAAGCUCAUACUAACACCGGGCUCCCGGGCCCUGGCCUGGCCAUGGCCGACAGCGGUGGCCCCGGCAACUCGGGUCCCUGGUGGAAAUCACUAGCCAAUAGCAAGAAGAAAAGCAAGGACGCCCCGAUAGGUGCUCAGCCUCUGGCCCAACCUGUCCCUGGGGAGCCCGCGCCUCCCAGCCCAGACUGUACCAGCAGCUCCCAAGAGAACCAGCACCCCAACGUUCUCGGUGGCGCCGCCGGCGAGUCGCCCAAGUUAGACAACUCCUGCGGAGAGAAAUCGGGCAGCAGCCGCCGCAAUCUGAAGAUCUCUCGUUCUGGCCGCUUUAAGGAAAAGAGGAAAGUGCGCGCCACGCUGCUCCCUGAGGGAGACAGGUCCCCAGAAGAGGCGGAUUUCCCCGGUGACUCCUAGGAGGACAAGCAGUAGCUUCCAGGACUCCCUCCUGUCACUUCCCCUCACCCUCAGUUCUUGCCCUUGUACUCAGUGUCUCACCCCAACAAAUUCAGAACAUUCACGUAAGGCCAAGAGUUCAUUUUUUUCCGGAAGUUGAGUGUCAAUUGAGUAUUCAAUAUUUCAUGACUCAAAGAUGCAUUAAAUAUUUAUUCGUGAUAAGAGAAGAUGCCUACUGCUGAGGAAUUUGGCUAGAUUUUUUUUUCCCCAAAAAUCUCUUCUGGGGCUUCACCCUUGUUCAUGUCCCUUGUGGGAGUAACACUAGUGGAUGGGUCUUUCUCUCAGAGAUAGUAGCUGAACUUGAAUUCUGCAGCCCCUCCAAUGAGGAAGGUGUGCUCUUCUGGAGGACUCAGAAGGUCAAAUCACAGUACUGUUUUUAAUGUGUCAGAAAUGCACUUUAGGGGUACUUCCGUAGACUUAAAAAGGAUGGAGAGGGAAACACUCCUGAGUAGAAACAUUUGAAGUGAGGCAGGAUUGCUUCCAACUGGGACUACAAACCUGUACCAUCCAUUUUAUGUGGACUAUUAAACUUGUUGCACAGUAAGACUUAAGGUGACUUUUGUACUUUUUCCAUUCCAAAGCUGAAAUUCAUCAUACUUUAAAGCAGGCAUGCAAAGUCUGAGGUGACAGAGUUAAUCAUUUGCCACACAACAUAGCAGCCACUAUUGGAAAGCUGCAGGGGCUUGAACAAAUCUAGAAACUGACA